GGUUGGUGGAAACAGACUGAGGAUUGUUGCAGGAGAAAUGCCAUCAAACUGAACACAUGGAGAUGGAGAGUGAACCUUGGACAGAAAGUCAGAGUGAUGGGGACAGUGACAUGGAGGACGAUCUGAGUGGCUCAGAAGAGAGCUGUGUCACUGAAUGGUAUCACCACCCCCAGCUGGACACUGACGUGGAGGCGGUCUGGACUUUAUACUCAGACUCUGCUGUCUCAGUCAGGGAGUAUGGAUCAAUUGAUGGUGUGGAUGUGGACUUGAACUUAAGUACGGACUUUCUGGAUCAAGACGUGGCCAAGGCCUGGAGAAUUAAUCCUUUAGAGCCCAUUGUUAUCCGUCUGCACUUUUCUCUGUCUCAGUAUCUAGAUGGACCUGCACCUUCAAUUGACGUCUUCCAGCCUUCCAACACAGAUAAUUUCUGCCUUGGGAAGCAACUAAAGAAUAUUCUCACAAUCUUCCUUUCUCGGGAGUGGAAACAUUUGACCAAUGAGAACAUGGUGGUCCGUCAGAAAAGGAGGCAAAGCUGGUUCAAGCCUAGUGGAACCAUCAAGAAGUUUCGAGCAAGACUCAGCAUUUGGCUUCCACCAUCAAAGCCGACUGAUAUCAAGGAAUCGGUUGGAGGAAGAAUCCUUUUGCCACCUAUGAAACUGAACCGUUUCACCAAUCACACCACAUCUUACACCAUCCAGAAUCCCACCGGAGAGCUCUUCACCUACACACCCACCGGAAAGAGGGUGGUGGUGUCAGCAGUCAAGUCUUCAGCACAGCUCAACACCAAACAGCUGAUUGAACUGCUUUUCUCCUCUCAGGCCAUCGGGCACUGUAAAAGCACUCCAACUCUGCAGCAUGGCUUCUUAGCACAGAUUAUGAGGUAUGCUGAGCAGAGACUCCCCACGCUGAAUGAAUACUGCGUGGUCUGUGAUGAGCGACAUGUUUUUCAGAACGGCCCCAUGUUAAAGCCAGCAGUUUGUAGCAGGGAGCUGUGUGUGUUUUCAUAUUAUACACUGGGUGUCAUGUCUGGAGCUACAGAGGAGGUGGCUACUGGUGCAGAGGUAGUUGACCUGCUGGUGGCGAUGUGCAGAGCUGCUCUUCAGUCUUCACGCAAGAGCAUCAUAUUUGAGCCAUAUCCCUCUAUUGUCAAUCCAUACAACCCCAAAACGUUAGCUUUUAGUCCCAAGAGAAAGAGCUAUGACAGGCUGCAGAAAGCUCUUGACAGUGUCUUGUUAAUCAGGAGGAUGGCACAGGGUCCAUAUUCUGAAAUAAAGAAGCAGAUGGAUAAAAUAGAUCCUCUUGCUCAUCCCUUACUGCAAUGGAUUUUAGCCAGCAACAGAUCACACAUUGUCAAGCUUCCACAGAACAGGCAACUGAAGUUCAUGCAGACACCCCACCAGUUCCUGCUUAUCAGCAGCCCUCCAUCCAAAGAGGCGCGCUUUCAAACAGCGAGGAAAAUUUAUGGCAGCACGUUUGCUUUCCAUGGUUCCCACUUUGAAAACUGGCACUCUAUUUUGAGGAACGGGCUUGUCAAUGCCUCCUAUACAAAACUACAGCUUCAUGGAGCUGCAUAUGGGAAAGGCAUCUAUUUGAGCCCCAUUUCUGGCAUUUCAUUUGGAUAUUCUGAGAUGGGUAAAGGGCGGCACCACAUGCCCACAAAAGGAGAACUCCUAAAGAAAUACAACCAAUUAAACCAAAUCCAGCAGGAGGAGCCAGUGCAGGCCAGAUUUCUACAAGACAAAAACUUAAACUGCAUCGCCCUCUGUGAAGUGAUAACGUCAAAGGAGCUUCAAAAACAUGGAAACAUCUGGGUUUGUCCAAUAUCAGACCAUGUGUGCACACGUUUCCUCUUUGUGUACGAGAAUGGUCAGGUGGGAGAUGUCCAAAUCAACACUCAGGAAGCCAAGAUCCACAAGGAAAUUCUACAAGUAAUUGCUUCAAAGCCUCGCUGA